UAUCCUUUGCAUAAUGACCGACAAAACAAAGAAGUGCCUGUUGGUUUAUGCACUGACCACUGUCCACAGAGUUUUGCAAGGGAAAUGUGACCCUCCGGCUUGGCAUGCAAACUCACGGCUACGUUUAGAUGUACAUUUUCACGUGGGCAUCAUCGUUGAGGAUUAGUCAGAGAACAUAGUUUUCAUUCUUUGACGGUUCAGCAGAACGCGUGCCGCUGUUUUCCGUGACCGUGGCUGUAGGUGUUAACACCAAGAAACGGGUUUUUUGUUGUUGUAGCCGGACACAAACACCAUGGAGUUGAAGAGUUGUUGGGUGGCUUUGGGUUCCCUGCUCAUUCUUCUCUGGAAUCCUACAUGCGCAGGAGAACCAAAAACAUCAUGUGACAUGAAUCGUCUGAAUAAGGAUAAAAAUAUUUUGAUAGUUGACGCUGGCUUCACAGGUACCCUGAAACAAUGUUGUGGAAAUGCAGCUAAAACCACCACAGACAUAUUUCAAAUGACGUGCAGUGUUUCAAUCAACACUCCUGGUAUUAGCUUUCAGGAAGACUGCAAGAAUAUGGACUUAUGUGUGCGGGAAGUAAAUAAUUCUCAUCUCCUGUACACGUCAAAGAAGUACGCGAACAAACAAACAAAUGGAUUGUUUGUGUGUGUGAUGGUUGGACGGAAUUGCAGCAUGACAAUGGACUUACUCAGGGCAAACAUUACAGCUUACACUAAGAAAUGGCCUUCCAACGAGUCUAAGACAACCACCUGCAGUGUCUCCUGUUUCAGCACCUAUGAACAUUGCAGGACAUCCGCAUAUAAUGAAGAGGUCUGCAAAAACUCCAAAAACCAAGAUCAGUUCCUCAUCAAUGUAACAGCACCAGGGAGCUUGUGUGUCAACUGUAAUAAACCAUUUAAAGACCCUGUGGGACAGUUGCCUCCUCCAGCGAUCUUUGACACUGGAAGUGGAGUUCACAUCGAUGGUGAAAAGGCUUCGAAGGCCAUGAAAGAUAUCGCCUCUCUGGUCAAUAUGAUGAAUGAGUCCUCAGCUUCUGUGUCCAUGGGCUCGGUCACUGGGGUCGUAGUGAAGCCCAAAGAGGAGACCGACAUCGAGGAAGUCUCCUUUGGAUACUCUUCCAACUCCGGCAUUAAGAUUGUCGAAAAUCGGGAGUCUCUGGGUGGCUUCUCUAGGUCUGUAUCAGUCACAAAGGAAGCAUUUGAAAAGGCCUACAACUUAAGCAACGGCAGUGCAUUUGCCGGUGUUUUCCGAUUCCCCAACAUGUCCAAGGAUGUAUACAACAGCACAGUUCUGUAUAACGAAGUGGUAGCGAUCGAGAUGGGCUGUUUCAUUGACAAUUUAACCGACAAGAUAAAUCUUAAUUUUCUAAACGUCCAUAAGGGGGAAGCCAUUCCAUCGUGCCAGUCAUGGAACGGUGAAGGGAGUCAACCCAACUGGACAGACUAUGGCUGUUUGACCAUUGUGAUAGGGGACAACAUAACCUGCAGGUGUACACACCUGACUUUCUUUGCUGUGCUAAUGUCUCCUCCGAACCAGACUCUCUCAGACGGUGAUGUGAACUCUCUCACCUACAUCACCUAUGUGGGGUGUGGCGUGUCCAUGUUCUUCCUGGGCGUGGUUCUCUUCAUGCACUUCCUGAUAAAGAAGGCGAAGUCAAGCAACACCACCCAGAUCCUGAUCCAGCUGUUUCUGUCCAUGUUCAUGCUCAACAUCACCUUCCUGACCAACGGGUGGGUGGCCAGUCUGCAGAGCCCACUGGGCUGCCAGGUGAUGGCUGCGGCCAUGCAUUACUCUAUGCUGGCCACCUUCACCUGGUUCGCCGUGGAGGCCUUUCACCUCUGUCAGCAGCUCUACAAGUCAGGCUCCCUCCCCAUACCGCGCUACAUCAUGAAAGUGUGUAUCGCCGGGUGGGUGCUGCCCGGCACGGUAGUGAUCAUCCUCAUCAGUCUGGGUAAAUACGGAAAACAGAUCAUCUACACUGACGGAGGGAAGGAGGUGUACAUGUGCUGGAUCCUGGACAUUGACGUGCACUACAUAGUGAACAUUGGCUACUACGCGCUGGUCUUCCUCUUCACUUUCACCACCUUCAUCGUGGUUCUGAGCUGGCUGGUUCACCUUAAGAGCACCAAGAACAAGGUCCAGCAGCAGGGGACAGGCUCCAAGGACAUAGUGACUGUGAUGGGGCUGUGCUGUCUGCUGGGAAUCACCUGGAGUUUUGCCUUCUUCGCCAACGGGGUCCUGAAGGUUCCCUCCUUCUACAUCUUCACCAUCCUCAACUCGUUCCAAGGUUUCUUUCUGUUCCUCUACUACUACAACACCAGUAGAGUAAUUGGGGAGACCGCCAAGGACAACAGUACCAGUAGCAAAAGCUCCACAAUGUCCGUCACGGUCACCACCUUGGAGAACCCUUACUUUGACCUAGGCCAACACCACCCUGGAGAACCCUUACCAAUCAAAACGAAUCCCCAAUCCUAGACAGUGGAGGCUGGUGAGAGGAGGACAGAUCAUAAUAAUGUCCAGAAUGGAGAAAAUAUGUUUUGAUACCAUAAAAAAAAUAUAUAUAUAUUGUUCCAGCUGUAAAUAUGAGCCCGUACUCUGAUGUAAAGUACCACCAGCUACUACUGGCAGUGACACUGGAAGUCCGAGAGAAAUUAUACUCUUAACAGAAUUAUAGUUCUCAGAGUAAAACAAUCUCUGAGUGUAUGGACAUUUUGCAGCUUUUAACUUGUAUUGUAGAAUAGACCAAGGUGACUGUACCCCACAUGUCCUGGUAAAUCCAUAGAUUUAUACUGACUUUUCCCCCAGAAUUUGGUAAAUAUUUAUAUAUAUAAAAAAAAAAAAAAUGCUUCAAAAAGAGAUGAAUCAGAUUUUUUUUGCCUUCUUAAAUCUAAAUAAAUCUGUGAACUAUGAUUAUUACAUGGAGCUUAAAUGAAAUUAAAUGUAUGUAUGUUUGCAUUUAGUAUGUGUGUGUCAUAUGUGCAGUUGAAUUUAAUUUAACAUUAUUUAUUCAACUUAAUAAUGAAUAGCAUCAGAAAAAACACAAGUUGUCACAUUGAUAUAGCUUUAUUCUCAUGUGUGUGUGUGUGUAUAUGUAUAUAUAUAUAUAUAUAUAUCAUACUAAAAAUAAACACAAGUAUAAAAUAAAAUCCAUCAAAGAAACUGUACAAAAACAUUUAAAUUACAGAAGUCUACUGUCCAAAAAAGGCACUAAAUUCUGAAAUGGGCAAAAUAGUAAUUCAGAAGAUAACUAUUGGAGAUUGAAUGGUGUUGUAUCAAUCUAUCUUAUUUUGAAAGAGCUAUAUUGAAGGUUUUAUUUACUGGGGACAGGAGACAUGGAGGGAAGUGUAGCUAUGUCUGAACCUUUACCCUGCCCUUCAGGGGCAGACUGGGAAAAUAAAUCAGCCCUGGCAUUUCUAACACACUGGCCCAUUUUUUAAAAACAAUUUUUCUUUCAUUGAAGCAGCUGCAGUGGCAUAUUUUUUGUUGUUGUUGCCUGAUGCUUCCCAUUAUGAGCAAAAUAACAAUCAUUCUCCGCAAUGACCCCCAAUUUAGUCAGGCCCGCUGGGCUAAAGAUGGACCAACUUAUCUGGCAUUGGCCUGAAUUGGUUCGAAACCCCCAGUCGAUCACAUAAAGUAGUAAUUUGGUUUUUACCUGAAUACUGCGAGAACGUUCUAGCAUACAGGACCUGUACCACAGCACCCCUUUAGGUCAGGAGGUGCUACUACAGGAAAGUACAUAACAAUUCACCUGCAAUAGAGGGGGGCUAUGCUUUCACACAAUACACUAUCUUGUCAUCUGAAAUCACAGACAUGGAAACUGUUCUUCAUGACAUGGGGAUAACAAACAAUGGAAUAAUGAAAAAACAUUUGUUUUUGUUUUUUUAGAAAUAAAAAAAAUAAAAAAUAAAGAAACGAUUGAUUUCACAAUAAAAGCAU